AGUUCGGAUAAGGAGCCGGUUGAAGUUGCUCUAAGCUGACUAUGUUUCAUGGACGAGGUGGACUGUGGGAAGAGGUGGGGGUCCUACCCAUCUUGCUAUCCUGUCACAACCUCCAGAAACUAUUCAUGGAUCACUUCGGCUGCUACUCUUGAACAUGGCAUGCAUCCACCAAUUUCACCAAAGCAAGAAUGGCGUGCUUUAAUAGAUGAAAUGUCCAUUGUUGCCACAAAGGAAUACCGAUCAAUUGUAUUUGAAAAACCACGGUUUGUUGAAUAUUUCCGCCUUUGCAUGACAUUCCAGGCUUGUUCUUGCGAACUGGGAACUCAUGUCGUAUUCCUGAAUGCAACAGCAGAGAUGGAAUAUGGUAGGAUGAUGAAUAUUGGAAGUGGACCAUCAAAAAGAAAGCCAAAUGGAGGCAUUGAAUCGCUUCGUGCAAUUCCUUGGAUAUUUGCUUGGAUGCAGACUCGGUUCCACCUACCAGUGUGGCUUGGUUUCGGUGCAGCUUUCAAGCAUGUCUUGGAGGACAUACGAAAUAUUCAAACCCUUCAAGAGAUGUACAACGAGUGGCCCUUUUUCAGGGUUACAAUAGACUUGGUUGAGAUGGUUUUUUCCAUAGGUGAUCCUGGUAUUGCUGCUCUGUAUGACAAGUUACUGGUUUCUGACAAUUUGUGGUCAUUUGGCGAGCGUCUUAGAGCCAACUAUGAAGAGACAAAGCAACUUCUUCUACAGGUUGCUGGGCACAAAGACCUUCUGGAGGGCGACCCUUGAAGCAGAGACUGCGCAUCACGGCACUGAACGUUU